GCCCGCCCGGGAGAGCGCGCGGCGGCGGCGGCGGCGGCGGCGGCGGGACGGCCCUGGGGCCGCCCCGAGCGCGCCUUUCCGCCUGCGGCCGCUCGCGGCCGGCGCUGGCCGGGCCGGCGCGCCCCGCAGGCAGCCGGAGCGCGGCCUCGGCCUCGGCGGGAGCGAGCCCCGGGCCGCAGGCGUUGGGAGGCGGCGCAGGCGGCCGCGGGCACUGACGGCGUCGCGGGGCGCUCCCGGGCGGAGGCGCAGCGGCGGCGGCGGCGGCGGCGCAGGGGGCGGAGGCAGGGGGCGCCCCCAGCCAGGAUGCUGCGGUUCCUGCGCCGGACCUUUGGCCGCCGCUCCAUGCAGCGCUACGCGCGGGGCGCGGCGGGGCGCGGGGCCGCCGGGCUGGGGGACGAGCGUGACGGGGGGCCGCGGGGGGGCCCGGCCGCCGCCGCCGCCGCCUCCUCGACGCUGCCCGCCGCGCCGGGGGGCAGCGUGUUCCCGGCCGGCGGCGGGCCCCUGCUCACGGGCGGCGCGGCCGUGCACAUCUCCGCCGCCGGCGCUGCCAAGGCCACCCUGUCCUGCCGCGUCUUCCUGCUCGACGGGACCGAAGUGAGCGUGGACCUGCCGAAACAUGCCAAAGGCCAGGAUCUGUUUGAUCAGAUUGUCUACCACUUGGACCUCGUGGAAACAGAUUACUUUGGCCUCCAGUUCCUCGACUCUUCCCAGGUUGCUCACUGGCUGGAUCAUUCCAAACCCAUAAAAAAGCAGAUGAAAAUUGGACCUGCUUAUGCUUUGCACUUUCGAGUUAAAUAUUAUUCUUCAGAGCCGAACAACCUUCGUGAAGAGUUUACAAGGUACCUGUUUGUUUUACAACUCAGGCAUGACAUUCUUUCAGGAAAAUUGAAAUGCCCCUAUGAAACGGCUGUGGAAUUAGCUGCUCUCUGUCUACAAGCGGAGCUGGGGGAGUGCGAGCUUCCAGAACACACGCCAGAGCUUGUGUCUGAGUUUCGGUUCAUUCCAAAUCAGACAGAAGCGAUGGAAUUUGAUAUCUUCCAGAGAUGGAAAGAGUGCAGGGGAAAGAGCCCUGCCCAGGCGGAACUGUCCUAUCUGAAUAAAGCGAAGUGGCUGGAAAUGUAUGGGGUAGACAUGCACGUUGUCAGGGGAAGAGAUGGCUGUGAAUAUUCUCUUGGACUGACCCCGACAGGCAUAUUAAUCUUUGAAGGAGCUAACAAAAUAGGCUUAUUCUUUUGGCCUAAAAUUACCAAAAUGGAUUUUAAAAAGAGCAAAUUGACACUGGUGGUGGUAGAGGAUGAUGAUCAGGGACGGGAACAGGAGCACACGUUCGUAUUCCGGCUGGACAGCGCCAGAACCUGCAAGCAUCUCUGGAAGUGCGCGGUGGAGCAUCACGCCUUCUUCCGACUGAGGACGCCAGGAAAUAGCAAAUCGAACAGAUCAGACUUCAUCCGGCUGGGGUCUCGCUUCAGAUUCAGCGGGCGGACAGAGUAUCAAGCCACACAUGGCACCAGGUUACGAAGAACCAGCACCUUCGAGCGGAAGCCUAGUAAACGCUAUCCAUCCCGGAGACAUUCGACAUUCAAAGCAAGCAAUCCGGUGAUAGCGGCUCAGUUCUGCUCUAAAACAAAUCCCGAAGUCCAUAAUUACCAGCCUCAGUACCAUCCCAAUAUCCACCCCAGCCAGCCUCGGUGGCACCCUCACUCUCCAAAUGUAAGCUACCCGCUCCCUUCCCCAGGGCUCAGCAGCUCAGACCGGCUGCCUUUCGGCAUUGAGGAGAACGGGGGCCCUACCCGCGCCUCAGCCAGGCACCACCACCACCAGCACCACCACCAGCACCAGCACCAGCACCACCCAAACUAUGGCCUCUCGCUGACUCUGGAGAACAAGGAGGGACCUUCCAGGUCUCCAAACUCCAGCAGUAAAUCCCUGACAAAACUGAGUCCAGGACCGCCUGCCCUGUUCAGCGAAGCUGCCGCCCAUCUAAAGAAGCUGGAACUGGAGACGGUGAAAGCUGCCGGACCCUGGCCUGCUCUGCACAUCAACAUAAAUAAGGCUGAAGAAAAAAAAGUUUCCGAGAAGACUCUUCAGACCCCUCUUUUGCCUUCCCCCAUAGCCGACCACGUGAAGUGUAACAUUUUGAAAGCCCAGCUGGAGAACGCAUCGCGAGUGAGUGCCCAGGUUGGAAAAGAGGAAUCAACAUUUGUAAAUAUCAAUAAGAAAUCCAGUCUUCAGGAUGCUAAUGUAAGAAGUCCUAUUCCUAUACGUGUGGAAACUACCCAACCAGCAGUGGAAAAGCCGGAAAUCAAGCCUCCCCGAGUGAGGAAGUUAACAAGACAAUACAGUUUUGAUGAAGAUGACCUCCCUCCUGACCUGGCCGAGGCAGUAGGAGCGCCCAUCGCCACAGCCACAAACACCACCAUGGCCGCCACGCAAGUCUCCGUGCCGCCGGUGUCCCCCAAGGGCCACAAACUCAGCUCGCCUCAGAACUCAGAAGGCAAGGGCCAGCUGUCCCCAGGGGCCAAGAGUCCCUCUGACCGAGGAGGUGCCUUUACCUUGGAGCCAGGCGAUCUCCUGAUGGACUUCACAGAAGCUACUCCUCUGGCAGAGCCCGCCAGCGCCCCCCACUGUGCCCACUCUCGCUGUUCUCCUCCACUCUCUCCCCCCAUGAAGGAAGAGACCACUGGAGUUUGCAUGCACCCUCCAAUCAAAACGAGGCUGAUAAAAACAUUCCCGGUUGAUCCAGUGACCCCAUUUCCUGAUGCUUUCAAUUCAGGGCCACAGUUCACCGCGGACUUUAGAGACAGUAAAUUGCCGUGCUGUCCUGGCCAGUCUUCCCCACUGAUUCCAGCAGUGACCCUGAGGCCUUUGACAGAGACCAUCUCCACAGUGCAGACCAUCUACACCACUCGGAAACCUGUUUCUCUGGCAGCCAGUGCAGAGACGCUCCGGCAGGAACUGGAGAGAGAGAAAAUGAUGAAAAGACUGUUGAUGACCGAACUGUGAAAUUCUCCCCUUGUUGCCUGGAGGACGGCAUGGUGCCUUCUGUCCGUUUUCUUUCUUCGGGCUUUGUGUGCUCACUCCAGCACAACACACAGAUGCGUGCUCUGUUCACCCAGGUCUCCAUGGUUGGUUGAAGCCAACUUCUGGCUUGACUUUUAUGGGAGAAGUUAUUUUCUGUCUCCUGAGUAUUAGAAUUUUUCUGCUACUCAGUAUAGUUGGGAUGGGAUUUGGGAAGCCUAGGAGAAGAAAGAUGGGGAAAUGGGAUUCCCUUUUUAGUACUACCUGUGUGUCUAUAUUAAUAACCACAGGGGUUAAUAUGGCACGGAAUCCUUUGCUAUCAGUCUCAACCAUGAUUUUGUAUGAUUGAAACUUGCACCAAGCUUCGACUGUUUGUUAAAGAGUCAUUUUUAAUGAGAGAAUAAUUCUUUACUGCUGGUUUUUUCAUUGACACUGGUAAUUAUACAGAUCUUAUAAAGUCCUUAACACUUAUUUUUAUUCAGACAUGAAUCGAUGAAGUAACACAAGAAAGUUGCGAUCACCAGGAUUACUAAGUACUUCGGAGAAAUCUGAAAUACAAUUUAAAUUGUGGAUUCAUUGGAUAUGAUAUUAUUUGGGAUAAACAGAAUUUUUCACUGAACCCAAAGUAGGAAAUUAUAGCUUAAAUUGUCUAAAAAUCCUUACAAGGAUAAAAUGAUUCAAUAUCAAGAUUCAUUUGGGUGUUCCAUAAAGGAAAAUUAUUUCUAAAGUUGGUUAAUUCUUGUCCUGUUGAUAGAACCUUGACCAGAUGACACUUUGUUCUCUUUUUAUAUAGUUUCAAGAAAUGUGUUUUUAAAUUUUUAUUAUGCACUUAAACAACUUUGCAGGAAUAAAGGCACGCCCUCAGCGCAGACUAGCCCCCUGAACUGUUACCCGAGCUCUCAGUGAAUAUGCACACAUUUUUUCAUAGCUGUGACCAGUGUGUACACACUCUUCGGUUGUACUUCUCCACCUCACACAUAUCUUCCCUUUCCAGCACAGAUCCUGCCCUCACCAAUUUAAAUGUCUGUAUAUCCAUGUAACAUGGUUAACCUCACUUCUCCCUAUUAUUAGGUAUUUGAGUUAUAUCCAAUUUUUCACUCUUAUAAAUAGUGCUGCUAUGAAUGUCUUUGUAAAAAAAGUUCUCCUUCCUUUGGAUUCUUCCCUUGGGAAUAUCUCCAAAGAGGGAUUACAAGGUCAAAGAGCAUGAAAUAUUUUAUAGCUCUUGUUUCAUAUUGCCAGAUUGCUUUCUAGAAAGAUCCAGUCUCUGGGUUGGAAGGACCUUACAGGUUAUUAGUUCAAUUCCCCUAUUCCCUCUGAAUGCUUGAAUCCCUCUACAAUUUAUGAUGCCACCAGCAAUGUAUAAGCAUUUCUACUUACCAGUAGUUCUGCCAGUAUUGGGUUUUGCCAUUUUAAUUUAUUUUUGCUAGUUUAGUAGGUGUGUAUAGUUGUUCUUGAAAGGUUGUUUUAUUUCAUUAAUUGCUAGCAAGGCUGAGCACUUUUCCAUGUGAUGAUUUACUAGCUGUAUUUCCUUGUACGUAGAAUGUCCAUCCAUUUCUUAUGACCACUUGUUAAGUGGAAUUGAUCUCGUAUAUUUGUAUCAGAACUGUAUUUUUAUGUUGUAUUGUAUAGUUUGCUCUCCUGUCCCUAUCCUUAAAACUGAAUGGUGCCAAUAAUUUGAUACUAAUGAUUAUAAAAAAAAAAAUGUAAUGCCUCUCAUUUACUAGCAUUGUUGUAAAAUGAGGUAUGUAAGCAAAUAUUCAGAUAACGGAGGAUUAACCCUUUAAGUGCUGAAUCUUUAAAAUUUUAAUAUUUUUUUGAGGGAAAUCUUUCUAAAAUGCGUUACGCACUUCCCUGCCUUAGUAAACAGUAUACCGGAGAGUAUUUAACCUUUUCUUGAUGAGUCAUGGUCAUCAUUAAAAACAUCAGCCCCUUUUGUACCUUAGUGUGGUGCGGUGAUGUCAUCAGGAGCUAUCAAAAUACAUAGGGCUUGGCUUUGCCUUUCACAGACUAUUGUGCUGUUCUCACCGAUGAAUUUUACUGCUUUCUGCUCUAUUGGUGAAGCCAUCUGGGGCACUUGUGGCGUUUGGGACUUUUUACUCCCAUACUAUAUGGCCCCUGGCUAUACUUUUAAAAUAGUUUUACCUGUUCUUUAUCUCGUGCACACGAUCCAAAAUGUGUUCCUGUACAAGAUGGGGGAGCUAUCUGUGUCUGGGGUUGUAACCUCUUGCCAAUCCAGCACCCUCCUCCUGACCUGCUUUCUGAGUCUUCUGCUCUUCACCUCCUGCUCUCUGAUGGAAACCUCCGGGGCAGAACGGAAGUUUUCUUGGAGAAGCCAGGGAACCAAGUAUGACCUAUGUGUCAGGUGUGCUUUGCUUCUGAGGAGGGGUGCAUGGGCUUUUGGGACGUGUUUUCAGGAGGAUCCGAGCCUCCUGCUUUUUUCCCCACACCCCCCUGGGUUCAGAGAUGUUCAGAAGUUGAUGUCGCUGGAAGUCUGAUCCCAACAAGUUGGCUGUUACUGUAUAUGAAAACCCAGUACCUUUGGCAGCUCAGCUCUAACCAGUAAAAUCAAGAGGAUUCCAUUGUUUCA